CAACACCCAACCCACUACCACCUCCCUCUACCUCCGCCUCCACCUCACCAGGUCGAGUUCCAUUCGAGUUCCACAUCUUCUGCUUCCUCUCAUCCACUUUGCAUACUUUCCACUGCUGCACCGGAACUCUCAACCUUCAAUUCCCCGUUUCUGCGUGCAAUGACGAGCUGAGACUUCCUUCCUUCUCGGCGCACAAUGCUCAUCUAGAGCUUGACUUUCUUUUUCCAUUCUCAUCUCCCCAAAGUAAACAAAGUAUUGUCUUCGCACCACGCCACUCCCGGGUCCGCAUUCCACAAACAAACCAAGAGCUUGCCCAUCAUGUCGGCCAGGAUGAAGGUGAAUGCCCUCAACACGAUGCACACGGCUGGCAUCUUCUCCGACAUGACUGUUGACGGCCCUGAAAUCGGAACGCUGGUGGUGAUAGUUGACCGCGCGAAGAACCUCCCCAAUCGAAAGACCAUUGGCAAACAAGAUCCCUACUGCGCGGCGCGGCUCGGAAAGGAAGCAAAGAAGACGGAAACGGAUCGUCGGGGAGGCCAAACACCACGAUGGUACGACUGAACGUCGAGCAAUGCGAACCAAUCUUUGCUAACUCUGAAAUCUAGGGACCAAGAACUACGAUUUACCGUCCACGACUCUGCCGACUACUACCAGCUGAAAGUUUCCGUGUUCAACGAUGACAAGAGAACAGAUCUAAUUGGCGAGAACUUCGUCGACUUGCGGAGCAUAAUUGUGCCUGGUGGUGGACAGAGCGAUGUGUGGCAUAAUCUGAACUGCAAGGGCAAAUACGCGGGCGAAAUCAGGAUUGAAAUCACCUACUACGAUACAAGACCGAAACAGGAAAAACCAGAAAAGGCAAAACAGUUGGCGCCCAGUACCAUUGAGGAUGGAGGCAGAGAUUCUCUCAAGGGCCCAAGACAACCCAAGCCUGCUGUUAAAAGAAGACCAUUGCCCUCAGAUCCGGUUACAGGUGCACCACCUCCAGCCAGUGCUAUUCCAGAUCAUGUCCAGACACCUCCUCGAGGAUACAAGUCCCCAACAGCGGCUCCCGAGCAUAGCCAAACACCACCACGUAGCUAUGAACUAGCGGCAAACAGCAACGAGUUCGCCCAAAAUCCUCCUCGAAACCACCAACAACCGCCAAAUGCAGUUCCUGAGCACGUUCCAACGCCCAAUCGAGGGGCCCCAACUGCUAUUCCACAACACGUACAGACCCCGCCACGAGGGUACCAAAGUACCGGUUAUGUUCCAAACCAAUCGCCACUACAAAGUUUCGAGUACAACAAUACACCACCAACCCAGCAUUCACAGGGAGGUUACGACAAUAGUCAAAAUCACAACGUGUACUCCAGCACCCCUCCAAGUUCGAAACCAAUUUCACAGGAUAGAUACGAGACUUACGACCCAUACGUUACGAAUGACUACACACAAAGCAAUGGUGGUAGCAGAGGACGAUACGAUGACGAGGAUGAAAUGAAUGACCCGAGGGACGCAUACAAUAGGCACACACCAUAUGAGCUUCCUCAACCUGAAGAUUUUGGCUCUCCGCCAAGUCCAGGCGGUCCUCCUCCACCACCACCAGCGCACGGGGGAAGGCAGAAUAGCCACCAAGCCAGUCCUACGCCGCCAACGAGACAGAAUAGUUACUACCCCCCUGAAUCGAGGUCACCAAAUGUUUAUGAUUCCCCAACUAAGCCCCGUGGACAUUCAAUAACCAAUUACUCGGCACCAAAGUCAUACAUGGCCUAUGCAGCUCCAAAAUCCGAUGACCCGUUCCGCAAGUCUGGAGGAAGCUACCAGGAAUCUCCACCCCGCCAACACCCCUAUGAUUCAAGAUACAAUUCAAACUACGAGUCAAUGCAGCCAACUGUUGAAGACGCCCCGCCUUCUCCAUCUGGGCGAUAUAGAGGCGAGUCGCACUCUUCGAGAACCGAAGAUCGGAGAUAUGGUGAGGUUCCCUCAACCGCUCCACUCAACCUGAGCGGACGUGGGGGUUCUCCGUCGGGUUAUGAUAAUGCUCCGAGCGCUACCACUCGCCAACACUCGAACAGUAUGGGGUACGCGUCUAACAAUUCUCAAAUCUCCUUGAGAGAACGAUCACAGACUGGAACUGUUUCUUCGAGAAAUUCGUACAAUACGUUGUCUCAGCCGCAGCAGCAAAACCAACGAAGGCGAUCGAAUAGUCACCUGUCCGAAGUUGAUGGUGACUAUGGUCUACCACCAGUGCCGGCAACUCUGGUAGCUGGCAUGGAUCCAAUGAUUGCGCAAGAGAUCUCUGAAAGGAUCUACGACGAGAGAAGAUCGAGUUUCAGCAACCAAGCUUUAGUUCGGACCCAUGAUCGAUAUCAAGAUUCUUCUUCAUACCACCAGGAAUUACCACAGCAACAUUCAUACUCAAGUGAUGCAAUGGUUCCCUUUGUUCCCGCUUCUUCUUCGUCACAUGACGAACGACAAAGUCGAUACUCAAAUGCUCUUGUACCAGUUAAUAAGGCAAGGCAAGUCUCACCGGAUACCAGAAGGCCCAUGCGGAAAUCGGUCAGCCCCUCUCCAGGGGCUUCUCCGGGACGGGAUGAUGGAAGAAGAUUAUCCGGAGUACCGUUUGGUCCGGAUUCCUACAAUGCUUUGAAUCCCAAGAUUUCUGGGUCUACAUCGACACAAUCUUUGAGCGCAAGAUAUGACACUGACAAGCCGGACCCAGAUGAGAAAAUCAUAACUCAUGAUGGCAGGGAAAUAGAUCCAAGCGACCACAUUCCUGAAUCCAAUUAUGCGCCGCUUCUUGAAUCUAAAGGACCUAAAUAUGCUUCUCAACAACCUGAUCGCAACUAUCGGGGUCCAACAAGCAAUUCGCAGCCUAGCUCUGGCCGUAAACAGCUUAGAGUGGCACCUCGUCCACAGUCAAUGGCAAUUACCAAUUCAUCUCCAAUGUACAUGAAUACGGGCCCAAAUGACCCUAUGGCGUCGUCUGCUGGGCGAAACCGCCUUCAAAAGAAGGCAAAUAGAAUUUCGGCCAUGCCAACACCACAUUCAAACCCACUGACCCCCAUCACAUCAUAUCAAAGCAAUAGUUACAGUUCAAGAAGUGUUCCCCGCCCGAACACAGCAGACUACUAUCCUAACGAGAGUUAUGCGCCCUCAUAUGGAGCUGGAUAUCGUGGAAGCGCUGGGCCUCCUAUUCCGGCCAAGGUCCCUAUAGGUAGCAUGAAUUCUGCUCCGGCUCAACAAAAUCACAGCGGCAGUGGGGAUGCUUGGGCGUUGCUGGAGGAGAUGAAGAACAUUGAUCUAGGAAGUGGGAGGGCGAGAAGACGCGGUUACUAAAUGACAAGCAAGAUGGGUCUUUCGGCGAAAACGAAGUCUCGGGUUUGACCGGACACAAUGCUGCCACGGGCUGUGUAUUACUUCUUUCUUUGGGUAUACUUUACCUUGAUUUCCUUUUUUCUUUUUUCUCAUCUUUUAAGUUGUAUUAGACGGAUUUUCUCUCAGGCUUCUUCCCUAUGAAUGGACUGACUAGGGGCAAUGGCCGGCUGGGCUGGAUAAUUGUCAGAUGCGAAUUAGGGUGCUCUGGG